AUGAUGCGUCCGGGGAAGGUGGAGCAUCCCGCUUCAACCCGUUUGUGCUCCUCUGGAGGAUCACAACUGGAGAUAGGUACGACACCGAAACUGGCAUGGACGACACAAACAUACGGCUCGCGGUUGCAAGCGCAAGUGCAGCAACCCCAGGAAACGCAUACGAACCUGAACGCCACUACCGUGCCUGCCAACGGAAGCUACCUUGGGCGCGGGGAUUGUGUCAUUGUCAAGCUAUUCUACCAGUUUUGGACUCUUAAAUACCCUCUCCCAGCAACAGUCUUCCUCGCUCAGUUACUCUUCACCAAUCCAGUCUACGCGGGCUCGGAGGAUAGACGGAACAACAACCCAGGCUCAGGAGAUUUCGGCACACGACUAGUACCAAAAUCCUUCCUCGACUUCGACGGAGUUUACCAGCUCGAGGGCUCCUUCGGCGACCAUCUAACGACUUCGACCUACCUGGGCAUUUCCACCUUUUUGUUUUGCCUGUUGGGCAUCUUUUUCAUAUCCCAAGGUCGACGUGGGGUGAAGCAAAUCUGGGGGACCUUCAACCCGGGGUUCUUCGUCAUGGCCGUCUUUACCUCGGCUUCCUUCUUCCUCCUCGCGGCUCUUGUCCCUCAAUGGACAUCCGCUCAACAUGAGUCUGUGACUGCAACGUCAUCUGGGCCUGGUGUAUUGAGCGGGACGGCGGCGGGGGAUUCCCCUAUGUUCACCUUCCCAGCUUCAGCUGACAUCGGACCAAACCUCUUACCCAACAUCUUCGACCCGCAAGCAGUUGAUGUUCAGAACGUUUGUCCAGGAUAUACAGCUGCAAAUGUACAGAAGACGGAGAAGGGACUUACGGCGGAUUUGUCCCUCGCUGGCCCUCCCUGCAACGUCUAUGGCAACGACAUCGAGAACCUGAAGUUAACUGUUGAAUUUCAGGCGGACAACCGCAUCAACGUUCAGAUCCAACCUCGCUACAUUGGCCCCGCUAAUGAAACCUGGUUCAUACUUCCUGAAGUGCUUGUGCCCCGACCAGAGGCCGAGCCUAAUGCAGACGAAGCCGGAAGCAAGCUGGAAAUCUCGUGGUCGAAUGAGCCCACCUUCUCCUUCGCAGUGAAGCGCAAGGGGACUGGAGACGUUCUGUUCACGACUGAAGGUCGUGUCCUCGUUUAUGAGGAUCAGUUCAUCGAGUUCGGCUCCUCUUUGCCCGAGAAUUACAAUCUAUAUGGCCUCGGUGAGGUUAUGCAUGGUUUUAGACUGGGAAACAAUCUUACACGCACGCUGUUUGCUGCGGAUGUGGGUGACAACCUCGAUGCCAACAUCUACGGAAACCACCCAAUCUAUCUCGACACCAGAUACUUCACCAAGGAUGAGUCUGGAAAGUUGAGCUACGUUUCUAGCCCGACAGACAAGAACGCCAAAUACGUCUCGUAUACGAACGGUGUCUUCCUUCGCAAUGCUCAUGCACAGGAAGUGCUCCUUCGACCUGAGGGUAUCACCUGGAGGACUCUCGGUGGAAGCAUCGACUUGUACUUCUUUGAGGGACCUUCGGCUCAGGAUAUCAUCAAGUCCUAUCAGCUCAGUACGGUUGGACUUCCUGCAAUGCAGCAGUAUUGGACUCUUGGCUUUCACCAGUGUCGCUGGGGAUACUCGAACUGGACUGUUGUGAAGGAUGUCGUUGACAACUUCCGCAAGUUUGGCAUCCCGCUGGAGACAAUCUGGACCGAUAUCGAUUACAUGAAGGGAUAUCGUGACUUUGAAAACGAUCCUGAUCAGUUCAGCUAUGAGGAGGGCGCCAAGUUCCUCGAGGAGCUCCAUCAGAACCACCAACAUUAUGUGCCCAUUGUCGACUCGGCUAUCUAUGUCCCAAACCCUGACAAGCCAGAAGAUGAUUACGAACCUUACCACCGCGGACUCGAAGCUGAUGCCUUCAUCAUGAACCCCGAUGGUUCCCUUUACAUCGGUGCAGUGUGGCCUGGCUAUACCGUGUUCCCGGACUGGAUCGGUGCGGCCCUCAACGGUACAGGUACCGUAAGCUGGUGGAUCGACGAGUUUGUUAGGUACUACAAGAAGGUCGCUUUCGACGGCAUCUGGAUUGACAUGAGCGAGGUCGCUUCUUUCUGCAUCGGAAGCUGUGGCACGGGCAACCUGACGCUCAAUCCGGUUCAUCCACCAUGGGGUCUUCCCGGUGAGCCAGGUGCUCUUGUGCUCGAUUACCCCGAGGGCUUUGAAAAGAGCAACGCAAGUGAGGCAUCCUCUGCAACAUCGGUUCACAAAACGCAGUACCCAGACCCCACGACCACAGCCAGCACCACUAGCACUACUUCUUACCUCAGGACGACACCGACUCCUGGAUCCCGCAAUAUCAACUACCCACCAUAUGUCAUCAACAACUUCCACGGCGACAUUGGUACUCACGCCCUCAGCCCCAAUGGUACCCAUCAUGGUGGCACAGUUGACUAUGACUUCCACAAUCUGUUCGGCCAUCAAAUUCUGCAUGCAACCUACCAGGCACUCCUCAAAGUCUUCGAAGGAAAACGUCCCUUCAUCAUCGGCCGCAGCACCUUUGCUGGUUCCGGCAAAUGGGCCGGUCACUGGGGCGGUGACAACUAUUCCCUCUGGGCGUUUUUGUACUUCAGCAUCCCCCAGGCAUUGUCCUUCUCCAUCUUCGGGUUCCCCAUGUUCGGUGUAGACACCUGCGGCUUCAAUGGCAAUGCCGACAACGAACUGUGCUCACGAUGGAUGCAGCUCAGCGCCUUCUUCCCCUUUUACCGCAACCACAACGUCCGCGGCGCCAUCAGCCAGGAGCCCUACGUGUGGAGCUCCGUGAUCGAUGCGUCCAAGAAGGCGAUGAGGAUCCGAUACCUCUUGCUGCCGUACAUGUACACGCUCAUGACCCAGGCCAGCCUGUCUGGAAGCACGGUCAUGCGGGCUCUGUCGUGGGAGUUCCCGCAAGAGCCGUGGUUGGCGGACGCGGAUCGCCAGUUCAUGCUGGGCAGUGCGGUGAUGGUGACGCCAUGCCUGGUUCAGGGCGCCAACACAGUGGACGGCGUGUUCCCUGGUGUUGGUGACGGGACCGUCUGGUAUGAUUGGUAUACGUACAAGUCGGCCAGUGAAGGGGUGCAGUCUGGGCAGAAUGUAACGAUCGAUGCACCUCUGGGACACAUUCCGGUUUUUCUGAGGGGUGGCCAUGUCAUCCCAGUGCAGGAGCCGGGCAUGACUACGACGGAGAGCAGACAAAAUGAGUGGAGUGUCAUUGUUGCGCUUGAUGGUGAGGGUAAGGCGAAUGGCACCUUGUAUCUGGAUGAUGGUGAGAGUUUGGAGCCGGGUGAGAAUGUGAAGUGGGUUGAUUUCACGGUUGAGAAGAACUCACUUCAAGUGACACCUCAGGGCAAGUACCCUGACCAGAACUCACUGGCCAACGUCACGAUCCUGGGAGUGGCCGAGGCACCUCUGAGGGUGUCUAUCAAUGGUGAUUUCCUCGGAUCAGGUUCUUGGUCCUACGACUCCGAGGGCAAGUUCCUCUCGGUGACCGAGCUGCAGGACAACUUCAAGGAAGGAGCGUGGACAUCCAACUGGACGCUGUCGUGGGAGUCACCCUCGAACUCGGGCUCGUCUCCUGUUCAGGGAGGCGGCGGCAGACUCGAGUUCAGCAUUUCUAAUCUGCUCUAUGCAGCUGCUUUUGGCAUCAUUUUUGGCCGUAUGUUUGUAGUUUAG